AUGUCAGCUGAAACACCAAUCACACUGAAUGUCAAUCCUCAGGAUCUGCAGGUCCAGACAUUCACUGUACAGAAGCUGCUGGAGCCUCUUAUAAUCCAGGUUACUACACUUGUAAAUUGUCCCCAGAAUCCUUCCAACAGGAAAAAAGGACGUUCAAAAAGAGCCAGAGUCCUUCUAGCUUCUGUGGAGGAAGCAACUUGGAAUUUAUUAGACAAGGGAGAGAAGAUUGCUCAAGAAGCCACAGUUUUAAAGGAAGAGCUUACUGGGGCACUUGAGGAAGUUCGCAAAGAAAGUGAAGCUCUGAAAGUAUCCGCUGAGAGAUUUGCAGAUGAUCCCUGUUAUCUCCCAAAAAGGGAGGCUGUGGUUCAAGCUGCCCGUGCCUUGUUGGCUGCAGUUACCAGACUCCUUAUCCUCGCAGAUAUGAUUGAUGUCAUGUGUCUCUUGCAGCACGUGUCAGCUUUUCAGAGGACAUUUGAGUCUCUUAAAAAUGUUUCCAACAAAUCUGACCUCCAGAAAACCUACCAGAAGCUUGGGAAGGAGCUGGAAAAUCUGGACUAUUUAGCCUUCAAACGUCAGCAGGACCUAAAAUCUCCAAAUCAGAGGGAUGAAAUUGCAGGUGCCCGGGCCUCAUUGAAGGAGAACUCCCCCAUAUUGCAUUCAAUUUGUUCAGCUUGUUUGGAACAUUCUGAUGUCACUUCCCUCAAAGCCAGCAAGGACACAGUUUGUGAAGAAAUUCAGAAUGCCCUCAAUGUAAUUUCAAAUGCUUCACAAGGCAUCCAGAAUGUGUUAGUCCCACCAGAACCUCAGGCAGCAACCCUGGGAAGUGCCCUUGAUGAGCUUGAGAAUUUAAUUGUCUUGGAUCCACUCACAGUGACUGAGGAGGAAACAAGACCAUCCCUAGAGAAACGCCUCGAAGCCAUUAUCAGUGGGGCUGCUCUGUUGGCUGACUCUUCAUGCACGAGGGAUUUCCAUCGGGAGCGAAUUAUCGCAGAAUGCAAUGCCAUUCGCCAGGCUCUCCAGGACCUGCUUUCAGAGUACAUGAAAAAUACUGGAAAAAAGGAAAGGAGUAAUACCUUGAAUAUUGCAAUAGAAAACAUGUGCAAGAAGACAAGAGACCUUCGCAGACAGCUCCGUAAGGCUAUUAUAGAUCAUGUGUCAGACUCCUUUUUGGAUACGACAGUCCCACUUUUGGUUCUCAUUGAAGCUGCCAAGAAUGGCCGGGAAAAGGAAAUAAAAGAAUAUGCUGCGAUAUUUCGUGAACACACCAGCAGGCUUGUAGAGGUGGCAAAUCUUGCUUGUUCCAUGUCAACAAAUGAAGAUGGAAUUAAGAUUGUCAAAGUUGCAGCCAAUCACCUGGAAACCUUGUGUCCACAGAUUAUUAAUGCUGCACUUGCUUUGGCUGCAAGACCCAAAAGUCAAGUGGUCAAAAAAACCAUGGAAAUGUAUAGAUGCACGUGGGAGAAUCAUAUCCAUGUCCUCACUGAAGCUGUAGAUGACAUUACAAGCAUUGAUGACUUCCUUGCUGUAUCUGAGAGCCAUAUCCUAGAAGAUGUCAACAAAUGUAUCAUAGCCUUGAGAGACCAGGAUGCUGAUAAUUUAGAUCGAGCUGCAGGUGCUAUCAGAGGACGGGCCGCAAGAGUUGCUCACAUUGUCACAGGUGAAAUGGACAGUUACGAGCCAGGAGCUUACACAGAAGGUGUGAUGAGAAAUGUUAACUUCCUGACAAGUACUGCAAUUCCGGAAUUUGUAACACAAGUGAAUGUUGCCUUGGAAGCCUUAAGUAAAAACUCUUUGGAUGUGUUUGAUGAUAAUCAGUUUGUGGACAUCUCAAAAAAGAUCUAUGAUACAAUUCAUGAUAUCAGAUGUUCAGUCAUGAUGAUUCGGACUCCAGAGGAACUAGAGGAUGUUUCUGACCUGGAAGAAGAUCACGAGGUCCGCAGUCACACCAGUGUUCAGACUGAAGGGAAAACUGACCGGGCUAAGAUGACUCAAUUGCCUGAGGCAGAAAAGGAAAAGAUAGCUGAGCAAGUUGCUGAUUUCAAGAAAGUAAAGAGUAAGUUGGAUGCUGAGAUUGAGAUAUGGGACGAUACGAGCAAUGAUAUCAUUGUUCUCGCCAAGAAGAUGUGUAUGAUCAUGAUGGAGAUGACAGACUUCACAAGGGGAAAAGGACCACUGAAGCAUACAACUGAUGUGAUCUAUGCAGCUAAAAUGAUAUCAGAAUCAGGAUCAAGGAUGGACGUCCUUGCUCGGCAGAUUGCCAACCAGUGCCCAGAUCCAUCAUGCAAACAGGACUUGUUGGCCUACCUGGAACAGAUUAAAUUCUACUCUCACCAGCUGAAAAUCUGCAGUCAAGUUAAAGCUGAGAUCCAGAACCUGGGAGGAGAGCUCAUCAUGUCAGCGUUGGACAGUGUCACCUCCCUGAUCCAAGCAGCCAAAAAUUUAAUGAAUGCUGUAGUGCAAACAGUGAAAAUGUCUUACAUUGCCUCAACCAAGAUCAUCCGAAUUCAGAGUCCUGCUGGGCCCCGGCACCCAGUUGUUAUGUGGAGAAUGAAGGCUCCUGCAAAAAAACCCUUGAUUAAAAGAGAGAAACCAGAGGAAACUUAUGCAGCUGUCAGACGAGGCUCAGCAAAGAAAAAAAUCCACCCAGUGCAAGUGAUGAGUGAAUUUAGAGGAAGACAUAUCUACUGA